AUGUCGCAACCGGUUUCAGCGACCCCUGCCCUGGAGAGCCAUGCUGCCUCAAAAGAAUCAAUUGCGGAGCAUUUUGAAGUUGAAGAAGAAAAGGAUGCUGCGGACAACGUCCAUGUCCACAAUGACUUUGCCUACAAGGGCGACGACUCGGACGGCAAGGUUGACUGGACUCUUCGUCAUUGCGUGGCUGCAGUCUCGCUGGGCAUGUUAUACGCGGGGUCACAGAUCAUGCUUUAUUUCGUUGGAGGAUGCCUUUCCUUCAUCGAAGCUGAUCUAGGAGCCGAGAAAGUGGGAAGUUGGCUUCCCGUGUCGAACACAUUGGCCAUUACGGCUGUUGCACCAUUUGUGGGAUACUUGCAAGAUUUGCUUGGUCGUCGCAAUAUCACACUGGCUGGCUCCGUUGUCAUCAUGGUGGGAAUUGCUCUGAUCGGUAGUGCCCACUCUUUCGGACAGGCUGUGACAGGAAUGACCCUCUCCGGAGCGGGUGCGGGCGUCUGCGAGUUGACCGCUCUAGCUGGGUUGUCGGACAUCGUACCUGUACGUCAGCGUGGAGUUGCAUUGGCACUUAUGACUGCGUCAAUCCUUCCAUUUACGCCCUACGUUAUGUAUAGCCAGUUACUUUCGACCUACGUAACAUGGAGAUGGACACAAUGGAUAGCUCUGAUCUGGAACGGCAUCGUCUUCGCAGGCCUGCUGACAACAUACUUCCCCAAAUCACAUCCUCGUCUACAAGGGAUGUCCAGACGGCAGAUCCUGGCACGCAUUGACUAUAUUGGCGCGAUCUUGUCCAUUGUGGGCAUCACCCUUUUCCUCGUUGCCCUCCAAUCCGGCGGGUACACUCACCCAUGGGAGAGCGGCUACGUCCUGGCACAGCUGUUGAUCGGUAUCUGCCUUGUGAUCGCCUGGGUGAUUUGGGAGUGGAAAUUUGCUCCGCACCCCAUGAUCCCACGUGAACUCUACCAAGGACAACGAAUUGUAGGACUUACGUUCCUUGUCGCUUUUAUCGCGGGCUUCGAUUUCUACUCCCUGAUCAACUUCUUCCCGAUCUCGUUCUCCACCCUUUGGAGCCCGGAUCCCGUUCAAGUUGGUUUGAAAGGCCUGGGCUACGGUAUCUCCACUACGGCAGGCGCGGUCUUUUGGAAUGCACUGCUGUCGACGAAGAUACCUGCAAAAUAUAUUCUCAUGAUCUCUUCAACCAUGAUGACUGCUUUCAUCGGCGGACUCGUCGCGACGACACCAGAAACACCAAAGCUAGCAGUCGCCCUCGGAACAAUCGCUAGCUUCGGAGUCGGCGGCAUCCUGGUCCCCGCUGCCACCGUUGCUCUGAUCGUUGUCCCGGACUCUUUGCUCGCAACCACGGCGGCCUUGUCGUUGUCCAUCCGUACCGUUGGCGGCUCGAUCGGGUUCACGAUCUACUACAAUAUUUUCGUGAACAAGCUCAACAAACAGCUACCAGAGAACGUCGCCAAGUACGCCAUCCAAGCAGGCUUACCGGCGUCAAAGGCCAAGGACUUUGUCACCACAUUUCUCACCGCCCCGGCAAACAUCACACGAGCGCCUGGGUACUCCCCGCAGGCCCUGGCUGGUGCUGAGCUGGGGACCAGGUGGGCUUAUGCCGAGUCUCUGAAGUGGGUGUGGGUCACUAGUAUCCCAUUUGGCGUCUUGGCCAUCAUCACCUGCUUCUUCAUCCCGAGCAUCAGGAAGUACCAGACGAACAGAGUUGCUGUCGCGUUGUAA